AUGCCCCUGACUCCGGCCAUCCUGCUGGGCCUCGGCUCCCUGCCCAGACCCUCCAUCUCAGCCGAGCCGAGCUCAGUGGUCCCCUGGGGGACGCCUGUGACCUUUGUGUGUAGAGGUCCUCCUACAGAUGUCACAUUCCGACUAGAGAAAGAUGGACAGUCCACUCCAUUUAAAGAUGUGAAGGGCAAGAAGAGCCGUUCUGGGAUGGAAACUGAGGCCCGAUUCACCAUCGCCAGAUGGAAUAGACGCACUGCGGGAUGUUAUACCUGCAUCUAUUACAAAAACAGUCAGUAUUCUGAGCGCAGCGACUACCUGGAGCUGAAGGUGUCAGCCACAGAGAAAGCUGACGAUCCUGAAUUCCCAACCACAGACGGCUACUCCUCAUCUGAUGGUCUUGAAGGCCUGCCGCCCACACAGAUGUACAUUCUCCUGGGGGUCCUGGGCGCCUGUCUCCUCUUUCUGCUCAUUCUGGCCACCUUCCUCCUGCAUCGCCAGUGUCAGAGAAAACGUGGCAUCCCCAGCAGACAGAACAAGGACCAGAAUCAACCGGAGAGCACCAGUAUUGAUGUAGUCAAGAGCCCACAAGAUCCGGCCACAGUGGGUAGAGCUCCUGCCACCAAUGGGAAGAUUGACACCUCAAUCCCAGAUGCAGGAGGUUCCCAGGAGGUGACAUAUGCUCAGCUGAACCACCAGAUCCUCAAUCAAAGAGCAGCCCCAUCUCCCCUGUCCACGGUGCCCAUGGCUGAGUCCAUCACAUAUGCAGCUCUUGUCAGGCGCUGA